AUGAGCAACGUCUUGCCGCUCCUCAUCAGUCUCGCCGGCCCGGUUGUCUCAGCGUAUGUCUGGUCUCGAGUGACUCAUCUAAGCGCGAUCGAGAAGACGGCGGGAGCAAUUCUGCUGACGCUGACGACGACGAAGCUCGGCAAUGUCGCCGAUUGCUACAUGUACGGACGUGCGGCACGUCGACAGGGAGCCCAACCUGUACCGACCAUCGCUGGCUGGUUGCCCGGUUCGAUUGAUGUUCUGAUCAAGAUGCUCAUCAAGCGCAAGUCCGAGAUGACUGGCGCUAGCCUAUUGCAGACUUGUUCCGCGUAUGUCAAAGGCUUGACGCGAGGCGGGAUUGUAAGGCUUCGAGUGCUCUCGCAAACCAUUUAUUUCACGAACCACAACCAGGUCGGCAAGCAUGUGCUCAGCUCACCGGGCUUCCUGAAUUAUAUCAAAGGAGAACGGUUCAAAUCGGCUUGGUCCGAGCUACUCGCCAAUGGCAUCUUUGCGAGCGAUCCCGACGAGACCUGGAAGUGGCAUCGCGCUGUUGCGCGCCCCUUCUUCGCGAAAGAACGUGUCAGCGACUUUGCAUUGUUCAACAAAUAUGCGGAUCACAUGAUCGAGAUCGUCGAGCGAUCUGCUAAGGACCAAAGCGCAAUCAAUAUCGAAGAUGUGCUUGGUCGCAUGACGCUCGACAUUGGCAGCGCUUUCUUGUUCGGUACCAGUGUCGACUCACUCGCUGUUCUCGAUUCCAAAUGCGACGAUACCACUCGCCAGUCCCAAGCUGUCCUCGCAGCUUUCAAUGACGCACAAAACAAUGCGAUGGUGCGUACGGUCAUAGGCCAGCCUUUCUGGCCGCUCAUCGAACACAUCACCGGCAACCCCCAGAUCAAACCGAUGAGUGUGCUUGGCGGCCUAGUCGACGGCAUUGUACAUCGCGCGGUUCUGCGACGCGAAGCGGGCAUCAAGUCGGGCGACGAGCAGACACAGACGUUCCUCGGCCAUCUCAUGACGGUCACCACGGACGAAGCGAUUCUGCGCGACGAAUUGCUGAAUGUCCUCAUCGCUGCGCGCGAUACGACGUCAAGCUUGAUGACCAGCACGAUCCACGCUUUUGCUCUACAUGCUGACGUCCUCAAGCGAGCUCGCGAGGAAGUUCUUGCCCUCGUCGGUCACGACAGUCAUCCGACACAUGACGACAUGCGCAACAUGAAAUACCUUCGUGCAGUCCUCAACGAAGUCCUUCGGCUGUACCCGUCCGUGCCUGCCAACAUCCGCGCGGUCACGCGAGACGACGUGAUGUGCAUCGACGAUAGACGUAUCUUCAUCGAACAAGGCUCGAGUGUGGCGUUCAGCAUCUGGGGGAUCCACCGUGAAGCGCGUACAUGGGGCGAAGAUGUGCUGACUUUUGAUCCUGCGCGAUGGCUCGAUGGCGACAAGCGUUUCACUCGAUUGGCAACGAAUCCGACGAUGUUCCAACCCUUUUCUGGUGGACCUCGCAUCUGCCUGGGCAUGCAGCUCGCGUAUGCCGAGGCGACGACAACGAUCAUUCGGAUGCUCCAGAAAUUCGAUCAUAUGGAACUCGCGCCCGAUUGUCAACCUGGCAUCACGCCCAAGCCGCUCGGCUCCUCUGUCACUCUGUCGUACAAAGGCGGCCUCCAUGUCCGCUUCAGACUCGCGCAAGACGAGUCUUAG